GACAAAGGUGUCGCGUAUUCUUCCUCGCAGCCCGCACCCCUUGUAGAGGAGCUGGACUUCUGGAUAAAGCUGGACCUACCGCAAGCGGCGGUAGAAGCCCGAACAGCUACUCGCGCCGCACAGGACACCACCGCAGCGGGGCCGUUCCCAAGUUCGUCCCGGCUGCCCGGAGCACCUCGUUUCAUGGAGGAAGAGGCCGAGGUCUCCAUAGUGGAACACGACCACCGACGACGGCGAGGCGCGAAGCCCUUCUUCUACGGCACCGCGCUCGUGCUCUUCGUGUCGGCUUCGUUCUGCGCGGCCGCCUACCUGCCGGGAGUGUUCUCGCGCCGCGUCUACGUCAUGGACGAAGUCGUGUGCGCCUCGAGCAGCUGCCAGGCGCUCUCGAGGCUCAUCAACGGCUCCGUCAACGGAGACCUGGACCCGUGUGACGACUUCUACGCGUACGUCUGCGACGGCUGGCGUCGGUCGCAUUCGCUGCGACCCUCGGAGUCGCGUCGAAGCGUCUUCGACGAGGUCGAGCAGAGCGUGCGCGCCCGUCUCCACGAUGCGCUCUGGAAGACAUUUCGCCAGAGCCUCAGGAACCGCACCGGCAGAAAUGUGUUCGCCAAGCUGGCCACCGUGUACGCCGCGUGCGCCAAGUCUCUGACGCCCGAGGGCAACGGAGUCGUCUCGAUGCGCAAGUUCCUCAAGCAUAUGAACUUGGCGUGGCCCGACGAGGAAGCUCCGCAAGGCGGCAACGCCACCGACCUCCUGGAGCUGUUGGUCACGUUGUCCAUGAGGUGGGACGUGAACGUGCUCUUCUCGUACUCCGUCAGAUCGCUGAGCAAGGAGAAAGGAGCCAUCGUGCUGGGCCUUCCGGCGCCGCUUAUACCGGGUAGACUGACGGACGCGAAGAAGUCGCUCUACGAGAAGCUUAUUGUGAGCCUCGCUUUCCUGUUCGGCAGAAGAAGCGAGUACAACGACUUCGCGCGGCGCCUCGUGGCCGUGGAGCAGGACAUCGCGCGCUUGAGGGACCAAGACCACGUUCUCCUCACGUACAUGGUGAAGGAUCUGGGAAACCUGUGCGCCGACUUUCCGUGGCAAAAGUGGAUGUCUGCGUUGAACAAAAACCUUCCGCCUCAGGCGGCGCUGACGGCGCAGAAGUCGGUAAUCGUGCGGCACCCUGCGUACAUUGGGCGGCUGCUGACGUACUUUCUCGGCCACGAAUAUCCGGAAGACAUCAAGGCAUAUCUGGCCUUUCGAGUGCUGCUCAGGUACGGCCAGGCGAUCUACGACAUCCGUCACGUCCAGGAUAUCGUCCUGCACGCCGAGAAGGACGUCCCCGCCGAUGAAGUGAUGCGGACGUGUCAGCAGUGGCUCGCCGACCUGAUGCUUGACACCUGGAACUCGUUCGUCUCCCAGUCGCUGGCCAAGCGCGCAGACAUCGAGCGGCUCACGCAGCUCGUGUCGGACAUCAAGAACGCCUUUUACCGCCGCGUUCGCCGGGCCGAGUGGAUGGAUGCGGCCACAAAGAACAUAUCUGUCCAGAAGGCCCAAAACAUUGCUUUCAACAUACCGAGCUUCGAGAAGACCACCACCCUCGACAAAGCGUACGAGUCGCUCUUGUCGGACGCGCGCGGCGGGAGCAGCUUCCUGGACUUGGUCAUACGGCUGGUGGAGCUCAACCACGAGAUCGACGAGCUGUCCGUGUACGGCGUCAUCGACCGCAGCGAUUCGGCCACGGUGCACUCCAGGGUCAACGCCAUGUACGUGUACAGCCUAAACGUCGUCAACGUGAACGCGGCGCUGCUGGCGCUGCCCUUCUUCGCUCAGGGCGCGCCCUUGUCGGUCACGUACGGCAGCUUGGGCGCCAUCGUGGCACACGAGAUUAUCCACGGUUUCGACGUGAGCGGCCGCCUGUACGACGAGGUGGGCAGCUUCGAGGACUGGUGGAGCAACGCAACCAACGCCGCGUACCGCGAGGCGAGCGCCUGCUUCGUCGAGCAGAUGCGAAGCCUCGCCACCUCGGAGAACGCAGGCUCGGUAACGCUCGAAGAGAACACCGCCGACAACGGUGGCGCCCGCUGCGCGUACGAAGCGUACGUGCUCGCGGCAGAGCGAGCCCUCAACGUCGUGCAGCUGCGCGGGCUGGAGGCGUUCGAGGAAGAGCAGCUCUUCUUCGUCGCUUAUUGCUACAAGUUCUGCGGCAUCGAGCGGCCUUCCUCGGCGACGCGGCAGUUCGCCACGCACCCUGCGGACAAGCUGCGCUGCAACGUGCCGCUCCUCAACAUGCCCGAGUUCGCGGCCGCGUUCGAGUGCGAGCCCGGAGCGGCCAUGAAUCCGGCGCGUAGGUGCACAGCCUGGUAG